UCUACUCAUUUGUUUUUUUUUUUGAUGAUUUGUGUAUUUUUAUAACAAAAUCUUUAAAUCACUGAUAACAAAAUUUCAUUGUGUGAUGUUUAAAAGUUAUAGUAAUUUAUAAUUUUAAAAUCAUUCAAUGAAAUUUUUAAAAUUUAAAUAUUAAGUUGUCAGUAUUGGAUCAAAACUUUUAUCAAAAAAAAAUUGUUCAAAAGCAAAUUUCAAAAUUAAAAUAUUUAUGUAUUUUCUAUGGUAUAUAGUUUAAUUUAAUAUAUAUAUAUAUAUAUAUAUAUCUUUUAAUCUUGAUACUUAUUAAAUGACACUUCCUACUUAUAUGAUUUUGUAAUCAUUUGUUUCUUGUCAUAAAAAACAACUUAAACUAUGGAUCACAAAAUUUUUAAUGUGAGUUUAAAAAAAAAUCUAAAUAAUAUUUAGGGAAAAAUCUAAAUUUUUAUUGUAUGGUUAAUGUGAUUGUUUAAUUUAUUUUAAUAAUUUAAAGUUAAACAAAAAUGAUAGAGGGUGCACUAAUUUGUAUCAAAAAUUUAUUAUUUCAAAUCAUUAAUUGAUCAUAUAUACUUUAACCACAUUAGGAAAUUCCGUAAUUUUUAUUUAAGGUAAUUACUGAGAACAAUUAAUAAUUAAUUUAUAGUAACAAUUAAUAAUUAAUUUAUAGUUAGUUUAAUAAAAAGAUUAUUAUAUAUUUAGAUGUACCAACAUAUUUCUCUAAUGAUUUUAAGAAUCAUUGUGGUGAUGACAAGAGGCUACCUAAAAAUUUGUAAUUCUGCUCUUUUAAUAUAUAGGGGAUUAUCUCAAUCAAUAUUUCGACAUGUUUAUUAGGAGUGGGCACUUCGGUUAUUUUAUUAGUUUGGGUUCGCUUUGGUUUGGUUAAUUUGGUUCUAGAAUUUUCCAACUGAAGUAAACCAUAAUUAGUUUAGUUUGGAUCGGUUUCAGUUCGGUUUGUAUUCGAUUUGGUUUGUGUUUGUAUUCGGUUUAAUUGGGUUUCCUUGGUUUAAUUCUUUUAAGAUACAUCUAUACUAUUAAAGCAGAAUCCUAGUAGCGAUUUUGCUCUUGGUUUUUGGAGUUAUUUACAAUGCUAUGUCAUUCCCUUAUUUAGAUUUUUAAAAAAUUAAUUUUGACCAAAUAUUAAACACACUUAUUCCCAUAUAUAUACUAUAUUCUCUCCUCUGUUUAAGAAAUAUUCCAAACAAAAAAAAUUAAACACUCUAAUAACUAAAUCUCUCAUAUUCGACUGGAAUAUAAAAUUUUUGUUGCUUAAUAUAUAUUCUACCGGAAGUACUCAAUGAAAGUUGCCGGUGUGUUUAGAAGCGGUCGGAGUGAAUGUGGUGGUAACUUAAAUUUAUGCGAGAAUCUUUUUCAGAAAGUCUGUGUCUACUACCUGCGAGAUAUAUUUAUUGGAUUCAGAGGUUAGGGUUUGUGAUGAGUGUAAGACGAGGGAUGUUGCGACGGUGGAGUUUAAGGAAGGGAUAGUGUUUUAAUUAUUCAUACAAUGGGGAAAAAGGAUAGGCUGAAGGCUAUUGGUAACGCUGGACGGGUGACUGAUGUCAGAGGUAUUUUUGCAUAUGCUAGAGAAGCAGGAAUGAUUCCAUCACUAGCUGCUCGAUUUUCCAAUGUAUGAUUUGUAAGACCGAACUUUGUGAUUUUGUUAUGUAUAGGUUGAUUCAAAGCUUAGUCCUUUGCUUGUGUUAGGUGACAGUUGUUGUGAAAAGAUUCUGGUUUUGUGUGAGUAGUUACUUGGUGUACAACAUAGUCAACCUAAACAUAUGGUAGAUAUUUGUUCGUGUUUUGAUGUUUUUUUUUAUGACAAACAAAUGUCAUAUAUAUUUGAAUGUCUAAUAGUAUAAACACAAUAUUCAUCCUGUUCGAAUUGGAAUUUUUUAAACCAAACUAUCUGAUAAUAGACUUUUGUUUAGUUUGGAUCGGUUUCGGUUUGGUUCGGUUCGGUUUGUUCAAAUUGGAAAUUCUUUAAACCAAACUAUUUGAUAAUAGACUUUUGUUUAGUUUGGAUCAGUUUCGGUUCGGCUGGUUCGGUUCGGUUUUCUUGCCCAUCCCUAGUUUAUUGUCUCGGACUAGUCUUGCAACACGCCUCAUUAUCCACUGUAAAAACAUGGCUUGGUCAAAGCCAUUGGCGAUGGUUCUGAAACUAAUGUGUGGGCAAUACAACUGAAUAGUUUAUACAACACCUAGUGGAGCACACUGAUGUACGAGACAAGGGUUGGAAGAUUCCUCUCUAACUUCUGAUCUGUAACUAGAACUCUUUUUUUGUUGCCGACGAGGAAAGUUGAUAGGUUUUUUCUAUCUUCUUGAGCAUACGCUCAUUCUUUCUCUUAUAUACGCUAAUUCUUUCAAAGGCAUAUUUGAUAGCUUCAAACGCUUGUUCUUAUAUUUAUCAUACGAAGAAAUAUCGAUCGUCAAAAUGGCAUAACUAUCUCUUUCUCUUUACUAGGAACUGCUUGCCCAGUCAUAAAAAUUCCAUCCAGUAGAACAGAAGAAUUAUAAAUCUCCAAAAUAAUUGAUAGGAAUACCGCAAAUAGCGCCAUUGCAACACCCAUCAAAGGGGAGAAGAAAGGCUGGAAUGCCGCCAGACAUCUAUUAUUGAAUUCACCUGACCCGAUAGUAUCAAUUUUGGUAAUGUCCAUCCAGUGCCAAAGUCACUGAAUGAGUAAGUUACCAAUCUCUAAAACGGACUAUGUACUUUAUCUGCUGGGUUACGGGAGCAUUUUACUAGAGGUUUAGAUUGUAUCAAUCUACCCUUGUGUGAUUCAUGUUGAAUCAUAUAUUGCGGGGUCAAAAAGCCUUCAACAAGACCAUCUGCUAUUGAAUCAGCUGCUAUAGACUUAGCUAAAGAAUGUCUUGCACGAGAUUCAAUGUUAUGGGCUUGAUUGCGAUCACAUUUUUCUCGUAGUUGAUGAGCUGCCAACCACCUCAGUACAAUCAAAACGGUAUGGUUGAUCUAAAAUUGAAGGUGUCUGACUUGAUUAAAUGCUGAUACUGGCAGAUGGAAUGUGAGUUGCAUCAACCAACCCUUCACAUGAGAAGAUGCAAAGAGAAUCCUUAAGGGCAUCUCCAACCUCACUCUAUUUUUCACUCUAAAAUAGAGUUUAGAGUAAAAAUGAUCCAAUGGUACUUUAUAUCUCACUCUAAAAUAGAGUGAAAAAUAAGUUUAUCACUCUAUUUUUUACUUUAAAAUAGAGUACCAUUGGAGCAAACUCAAACUCUAUUAUAAAGUUACUCUAUUUUAGAAUAAAAAAUAGAGUAAACCAUUGGAGAUGGUCUAAGACCCAUUUAUCACGAAGAGCACAUGUUACAUAUACAAACGAAGGGAUUUUAUACUAUUUGAAAUGGUUACAUGUUUCUCAAUUCUUUUCAAGACAUUCAUUCCCCUCUGGCUAGAGUAAUGACUCUUAUUCGGAGAAAACUAUGGUGGGAUCUAUGGAUGAUAAAGUCAUCUCCAAAUUAAGACCCCAUUCCCAUGGAAUUCAAAUUGAUGUUUUCUCCCCUUCCUGUGUUUCAGAAACUGUUUGUCAUGUUUUAUUCACAUGUCAAACUGCAAAAGAAACAUGCAAGACUCCGAUGUACCGGCUCCUAGAUCAGGUUUCUCCUCUAACUCGGUCUUUAAAAAUCUUGUGCGGCAAGAACACAUUGAUUGAUGAGAAAGCGCCCAAAACAAUACCUUGGAUCCUCUAGCAUAAUUCCUUCUUCGUUUGAGCAAGAGGUGGGAAAACGAACUCUUAGCACUCUGAAAUGCAGUGUUGGUAGUGUUAAGAGUUCUUGCCUAGUGCAUUUAAUAUUUCAAUCAUAUUUCAAUGUUGUUUAAUAUUUAAAAUGAGUUUAAAUUGAAUUUAAACAAAUUUGGGCAGGUGUUCAGAGAAAAAAAACAGAUUUGGGCCAAUACUUAAAUUGCUUAUAAAUGAGCGGGCUUAGGUGUCUAGUUGGAUGAUGGGUGUUAUUGGGUAUGGGUGCUGUUGGGUGUGGAUUAAACAUGGAUGUGAGUGUUUUGAACCCAGAAAAAAAAACGCCCAGUUGGACAUACCCAUUUGGGUGUGGUCCAACCCAACUGACAUGCCUAGUUGGUACAUCAUUGGUCCACCCUGAGAGGAGCAGCAGAGUUUCUUGGAUUCUUUCAAAACAUCAGGGGAAGAGCGUGGUCUUUGAGCCUUUCUUUACUAUUAUUGCAUGCAGAGCUCUCCUGUCUCCAAUGUUCCAUAAUCUUGUUUCCAAGUUCUUCAGUCUCCUUCCGUCUUUCAAAAACUAGAGUUGUUAUGCAAGACUUAUUAAGCACGCAAUGGUUGGGCCCACGUUACAAGAAACCCCAACGGCCCUUAUUUGUCUAAUCCGGUUAAAUUAGCUUUAGACGGUUCAUUUAUUACCGGUUAACCCACACUUUGUCACCACCGCUUCUGUCUAGACGACUUGAUGAGGAAGCACGAUUUGAAAGCUCAUGAAACGCAUUAAUGUCGGUCUUCGUCUCCGCCACUUUCCGGAACUCAAAAAAUUUCACACCCAAAAAGUUGCUUUUUCUCCAACCAAACCGGAAUUCGAACCGAAAUCUACAUCUGUUCAUGACACCUUGCUGGGUCAGGUACUGGACACUAACCCAGAUUACAAAACCCUGAGAACAGUCCACUCCAGAAUCAUUCUUCAAAAUCGACGCUGCGACUCGGCUCUAGGCGUUAAACUCAUUAAAUCGUAUGCAGCUCUAAAAGAUGUGGUGUCAGCACGCAAGGUGUUCGACGAAAUUCCUGAGAGAAACGUUAUCAUCCUUAACGUCAUGAUCAGAAGCUAUGUGAAUAACGGGUUUUACCGCGAAGGUAUCCAAGUGUUUGGGACGAUGUGUGGCUUUGAUGUUAGACCCGACCAUUACACUUUCCCUUGUGUUCUAAAGGCCUGUUCUUGCUCUGGGAAUAUUGUCAUUGGCAAGAAGAUCCAUGGGUCCGCUACAAGAGUCGGGCUCUCUUCUACUUUGUUUACUGGGAAUGGUUUAGUUUCUAUGUAUGGAAAGUGUGGAUUUUUAUCUGAAGCAAGGCUUGUGCUCGACGACAUGUCAAGGAGAGAUGUGGUCUCUUGGAACUCGUUAGUUGCUGGGUAUGCGCAGAACCAGAGAUUUGAUGAUGCUUUAGAGGUUUGUAGAGAGAUGGAAUCUGUUAAGAUAAGCCACGACGCUGGCACGAUGGCUAGUCUGUUACCAGCAGUUACCAAUACAACAAGGGAUAAUGUUAUGUAUGUUAGAGAUAUGUUUUUGAAGAUGGGGAAGAAGAGUUUGGUUUCAUGGAAUGUGAUGAUAGGUGUGUAUAUGAAAAACGCAAUGCCUCUUGAAGCCGUGGAGUUGUAUUCUCGAAUGAUGGAAGCUGACGGGAUCGAACCUGAUUCAGUCUCAGUCACAAGUGUGUUGCCUGCUUGUGGAGAUACAUCUGCUCUGUCUCUUGGUAAGAAAAUCCAUGGGUACGUCGAGAGGAAGAAGCUGAUACCAAAUCUGUUGGUAGAGAACGCAUUGAUUGACAUGUAUGCAAAAUGUGGAUGUCUAGACAGAGCAAGAGAUGUGUUUGAGAAUAUGAAAUCUCGUGACGUUGUGUCUUGGACAGCUAUGAUCUCAGCUUAUGGGGUCAGCGGAAAAGGCCGUGACGCUGUGGCAUUGUUUUCUAAAAUGCAAGACUCGGGUCUCGUCCCUGAUUCAAUUGCGUUUGUCACAACGCUAGCUGCUUGUAGCCACGCGGGGUUGCUAGAAGAAGGUCGGAGUUAUUUCAAACUCAUGACAGAUCAUUACAAGAUCACUCCUAGGUUAGAGCAUUUAGCUUGUAUGGUGGAUAUUCUUGGCCGAGCAGGGAAAGUGAAAGAAGCUUAUAGCUUUAUACAAGAGAUGUCGAUGGAACCAAACGAGAGAGUUUGGGGAGCGUUAUUAGGAGCUUGUCGGGUGCAUUCUGAUACAGACAUCGGUCUGCUAGCAGCCGAUAAGCUAUUUCAGUUAGCACCAGAGCAAUCUGGCUACUACGUGUUGCUUUCUAACAUCUACGCAAAGGCUGGAAGAUGGGAAGAGGUAACAAAGGUCAGAGACAUAAUGAAGAGCAAAGGGUUAAAGAAGAAUCCUGGAGCGAGCAACGUGGAGGUCAAUGGAGACAUUCACACAUUCUUAGUAGGCGACAGGUCACACCCGCAAUCCGAUGAGAUUUACAGAGAGCUGGAUGUUCUAGUGACGAAAAUGAAAGAGAUAGGGUAUGUUCCUGAUUCGGAAUCGGCGCUUCACGAUGUGGAAGAAGAAGAUAAAGAGACGCAUUUGGCUGUUCAUAGUGAGAAGUUAGCAAUUGUGUUUGCUCUGAUGAACACAGAGGAAGGAGAAGAAGAUAACAAUGCCAUAAGAAUAACGAAGAACCUUAGGAUCUGUGGAGAUUGUCAUGUUGCAGCAAAGCUUAUCUCUCAGAUAACUUCACGCGAGAUCAUCAUCCGAGACACUAAUAGGUUUCAUGUGUUCCGGUUUGGUGUUUGCUCUUGUGGUGACUAUUGGUGAAAUUAAUGUUAUAGUUGACCAAAAAAAAAUGUUAAAAAAUACUCCCUCUGUUUUUUAAAGAUGCAUAUUCUAUACUUUUCACAUAUAUUAAGAAAACUUAUUAAAUAUGCAUUGUUUUUUGUGAAUUCAUAAUUUUUAGCUAAUAAAAAUUCAAUAAACACUAUUAAUUUUUUUAAAACUUAUAAUUUUUCAUAACAUCAUACAUUGAAAAAGUAAAAAAUGUAUUUUUUUGAAAUAAUUUUUUUUUCCAGAACAUACAUCUUUUAGGAACGGAACAAGUAUAAAACACAGCAUGUUAAUGAGAAUGAAAGUACACCUUUUCGGACAGCUUUAUAAUAUGUCUUACUAGGAUGCGUACGAAGUAAAAAUUUAUGUAGAACUAUUUAUGGUUACAAUUUAUUAUCAAUACAAUAAGUAAAAGGAAGAUAUCCUCAAUAGCUGGGAUGUCCAUGUCGGCAAUUAAAAUCAACCAAUAGGGUUGGUUCUUUCUUCCACGUCAACACGAGUUUGGGCUGAUUUGGGCUGUCAAUUUUUUUUAACCGUAAAAAGGAAAAAAAAAACAUGUGGGUCGUGAGCCAUCGAAAGUUUAACUUCUCUUCGUUUCAUCUCUUUGCAUUCCCUGUUGUUCAUGUAUCUUUCGGCAAUUAGUGUUAUGAACAUUUGAUUACGAGAAAACUUCCAUGAAUAAUUCUAUAUACCUGUAUAUUUCCUCCAAAACGGUGGUCCUGUCGUGGAAGCAAACAACCGUUGUGCUCUUGGCUACAUCGUAAACAUUGCUUCUCUUCCCCCGGAGUCGAAGCAGAAAAGUUGAAUCGCCCCUUGAACCGUGACUUCGUGCCCAGUAGCUUGAAAACGCUAACAAAAAGAAAUCAAUGUAGCCAAGAAACCAGAAGCGGUUCAAAAGAAAGCAAGAGCUGUUGUUAAGCCGCAAGUGAUUUUGAUCAGUCCAGACACAGACGUGGUUGCUAAAGCUAAACAGGAUCAGAGACACGAUGUUGCAUCCAAGAAGAAAGUUACUUACUCUUCCAUUCUCAAUGCUCGAAGCAAGGCUGCUGCUUCCAGAACUCUUGAUAUUGAUUCCACAGACAAAGACAAUGACCUUGGUGCUGUGGAGUAUGUUGAGGACAUGUACGCUUUCUACAAAGAGGUUGAGGUACUUAGAUACGUUUUAAUGUUUAUUCUAAUAUGCUUUAUGGAUACGUUUUAAUGUUUCUGUUUUGUUUCCUGUUGCGGAAUGAGAGCAAGCCUCAGAUGUAUAUGCAGACACAUAUUGAGAUCAACGAAAGAUGAGAUCGAUUCUUCUAGACUGGCUUAUAGACGUUCAUGUCAAGUUUGAUCUGUCUCCUGAGACGCUUUACCUCACCAUCAACAUAAUUGAUCGGUUCCUGUCUCUAAAAACUAUUCCGAGAGAGAGUUACAGCUUCUAGGCGUUAGUGCUUUGCUCAUAGCCUCUAAAUACGAAGAAAUCUGGCCUCCUCAGGUCAAUGAUUUGUUAUACAUCACAGACAACUCUUACCAGAGCAAGCAAAUUCUCUUGAUGGAGAAAACCAUUAUGGGAAGUCUGGAGUGGUACUUGACAGUUCCAACACAGUAUGUGUUCCUUGCGAGGUCCAUCAAAGCUGCCAAUCCAGACCCGGAGAUGGAGAACAAGGUUCACUUCUUAGCUGAGUUGGGUCUGAUGCAUACACUUUGAAGUUAUUUAUUCAAAGUGUUUUGAGGCUAAGAAGGCUCAAAUUUUAUAACUCUUCGUCCUCGUCUCUCAUCUGAAAAUUUUGUAUCAGUUUGUCUGAUGCACAGAGAGGUCAUGCUUUAGCUAUAGAACCUCAUGCUCCGAGGUUAGCUACACUUAGAAUAUACGUAUGUCCAUGCCAUAUAUUGUUGGUUACUUCUGAAAAGUCUAUUUUGUUCUUCUCCUUUCAUGGCUCAAUAAACAUAAUGCUCAGCUUUUGUCCUCUCCACAGGUGAUGCAAGCAAGGGCAUUGUGGAUGAAAGAGCUUCCGAAUCAAAACACUUCCACAGACACAGGCUAUGGAGAUAUUCUUAAGGAAGAUAUUACACCAUCAACUUCGAGUUACUACAACCAUGCUUCCCCUGAGUUUCUCUCUCCAAGAAUAUAUGCCUUUGAACCUCCUUCAAUCAUGUAUCGCGAUUUCGGGAAACGGCAGAUCGCAGGUCUGAAAAUGCAUAGUUCAUUGAUAAAGCUGUUAUCUAGGAACAACCAAUCCGGAAGAACGAGAAAAGUGGUGCAAGCCUAAGCCUAACACCCAAUGAUGAUGAUGAUGGUGAUUGGCUAGAAGAAGAAGAUGAUGCUCAUGAUUGGGCUCCAGUGUUCACAGGGAAUGAGGAUGAUGUUUCUUUCAGUGAACUCGAAAGUGACGACGAAUAAGUAGCUUAGCACUCAAGUCUAAGAUUACCUCAAAGGGCACAGACCAAAAAGGAACAUGAAAAAUCAUCUCAGGUCGUAACGAAACUGGCUUGUGCUUUGUCUUACAUCAAUGGAGCUGAAUGUAAAAGGAUAUGUACCGAGUCAAAGCGUGAGUUUUUUGGAUAGAGUUUGAUUGUUUGUCAAAUGAAAUAAAAGAAGGCUUUGAAACAUGUACAGAAAAUUUAUUCAAUCACUUCAAUUGCAUUUGUAAUGUUUUUCUUUAUCACCAGUGUAAGAAAAUAUUGGAAGCAGUGAUAUACUAUGUGAAACGUA